AUGACGGAGCGGACCCCGCUGCUCCACUACCGCCUCUCCACCAGCGUCAAUGAGUCCGAGCCGCGGGGCCCUCCGGCCGGCCGGGCCCCGGAGCAGCUCCCGGGAGGCUCCCGGCGCCGGUCUGCCCAGCAGCGGCAGCCCAAGAAGCUCUCCAUCUUCUUCGGGGUGGUGGUCCCGACGCUGCUGUCCAUGUUCAGCGUGGUGCUCUUUCUUCGGAUAGGGUUUGUGGUGGGCCACGCCGGACUGUACCAAGCCAUCGCCAUGUUCCUGGUGGCCUACUUCAUCAUCUGCAUGACCGUGCUGUCCGUCUGCGCUAUCUCCACCAACGGAGCGCUGGACGCUGGAGGAGCCUACUAUAUGAUCAGCCGAGCGCUGGGUCCGGAGUUCGGGGGCAGCAUCGGCAUCAUGUUCUUCCUGGCUAACGUGUGUGGCAGCGCUCUGUACGUGCUGGGUCUGGUGGAGGCGAUUGUGACCACAUUUGGAGUACCUGAGGAUGGAAUAGUGACUUCUUCCUACCAGGUUUUGCCGUCGGGCUACUGGUGGUCCCUGCUCUACGCCACAGGCAUCGCCCUGCUGUGCCUGCUGGUGUGCAUGGUGGGGGCCCACAUCUACGCCAAGGCCACCUUCCUCAUCUUCAUGGUGGUCAUGUUCGUCCUGGGGACCAUCCUCAUCAGCUUCUUCGCCGUGCGUCCCCGAACCAUCGUGCUGCCGAGGCCCAGUUCCUUCAACCCGACGCCCAACGGGACCGGCCCCACCUUUCCCACUACCGCCAACUUCACCGGCUUCAAGUUGGACACUCUGCUCGGCAACCUGGGGGCGGGCUACACUGAAGAUUACACCACACAAACGAUGAUGAACUUUGCCACCGUGUUUGCCGUCAUGUUCAACGGCUGCACCGGCAUCAUGGCGGGGUCCAACAUGUCAGGCGACCUGAAGAAUCCCAGCUACUCCAUCCCCCGCGGCACCAUCACCGCCGUCAUCUUCACCUUCAUCAUCUACAACCUGCUCAGCGUGCUGGUGGCCUGCACCUGUGACCGCGUCCUGCUUCAGAGGGAUUACGGUUUCCUGAGAGACAUCAACAUCUGGUACCCCUUCGUCAUCAUUGGGGUUUAUUCCUCCACACUCUCUGCUGCCAUGAGCAACCUGAUCGGAGCUUCGCGCAUCCUUUACGCUUUGGCAAGGGACGACUUGUUUGGGAAAGUGUUGUCUCCGGCGAAGAAGACGUCGCACAGCGGGAACCCCUGGGUCUCUGUGCUCAUUUCCUGGUUCCUCGUGCAGCUGGUGCUGUUCGCAGGGAAGCUCAACACCAUCGCCAGCAUUGUGACCAUUUUCUUCCUGCUGGUGUACGCCGCGGUGGACUUGGCCUGCCUCGCCCUGGAGUGGGCCUCGGCUCCCAAUUUCAGGCCCACCUUCCGCUACUUCACCUGGCACACGUGCGUGCUGGGCAUCAUCGGCUGCGCCGUCAUGAUGUUCCUCAUCAACGCCAUCUACGCCUCGGCUAGCAUCGCCUUCAUGCUCCUGCUGCUCCUGUUGAUUCACUACCUCAGUCCCACCUCCAGCUGGGGCUACAUCAGCCAGGCUCUCAUUUUCCACCAGGUGCGCAAAUACUUGCUGAUGCUGGACGUGAGGAAGGACCACGUGAAGUUCUGGAGGCCUCAGGUUCUCCUGAUGGUUUCGAACCCCCGCAGCAGCGUGGGCCUCAUCACCUUCAUCAAUGACAUCAAGAAGAGCGGCCUCUACGUCCUGGGACACGUCCAGCUCGGCGACCUCAAUACGUUGCCAUCGGACCCUCUGCAGUCUCAGUACGACUCCUGGUUGUCCCUGGUGGACCACCUGAACAUCAAAGCUUUCGUCAACCUGACGCUGGCUGAUUCCGUCCGUCACGGCGUCCAGCACCUCCUCUUCAUCUCAGGACUCGGUGGGAUGCGUCCAAACACCCUCGUCCUGGGUUUUUACGACGACUGCGUUCCGAAGGACAGGCUGACAGGUUCAUCUCUGUCCACCAGUCCGUCCAACGAUCCCUCGGGUCUUUCUCCUGAGGUCGAACAGCCUCCUCUUUUCCACUUCACGUCGCUGCGGGGUUCCAGUGACAGACAGGAUCACGGCGAAUUUGAGGACGGGAAGGUUCUCGGGCCUCAGGAGUACGUGGCGAUAAUCUCAGACGCCAUGAAGAUGCUGAAAAAUGUCGUUCUCGCUCGGUACUUCAACAACUUUGACCGAUCCCUGGCCCUGUCGCCGCCCCCGUCCUCCCCGGGUAAGGGAGCCGUGUACGUGGACGUCUGGCCGGUGAACCUCCUGCGGCCGGACAGCUGCAGCUAUGUGGACACCUGCUCCCUGUUCCUGCUGCAGCUGGCGUGCAUCCUCAACAUGGUGCGGUCGUGGCGCAAAGCGACGCUGCGUCUCUUCCUGUGCGUGGAGGAGGGACGGAGCGUGAGGGGCUCCGAGGAGAAGCUCGGCCAGCUCCUGAAGGAACUGAGAAUCAAAGCUCAGAUCUACCCCGUACCCUGGGACCAGCAGGUGGCGCUGCACUGGCAGCGCCAGGGGGACUUCGGCAAGAAGCAGCACCUCCAAGACGCCUCAGACGCCGCCGCAGAGGGGAAGAAACAAAAACCCGAUGAAGAGGAAGAGAACGAAGACGAUUAUGUCAACAGCUUCCCGAGUAACGCCACCCGCCUGUCGGACGACUACCUGUCCGCCGUCAACAGGAUGAUCCUGGACCAGGCGCGGCCGGCUCCAGCCGUGCGCUUCCUCUACUUGCCCCGCCCUCCAGCGGACACCCGCCGCUACAGUGCCUACUUACGCCAACUUGAGCUUUUAACCCAGGACUUGGGCCCCACGCUGCUCAUCCACGGCGUCACGCCCGUCAUCACCACUGACCUUUGAUCUCUCGACGGUGACGGGUGUUCGCCGCGGUGCGGUCCGGAGGGUUUGACCACAUUCCCACUGAAAGUGUUGCUGUGGCACCGACUCGACCACUGAGUUGAAAAUCUGUCACUUCCAGACCUCAGCCCCACCCUGCACUUUGUGUGCUUUCUACAUAUGUUACCCCUUUUUUAUCCAGCAGUUUUGGUUUUACUUUCAGCGACUUUGGACCUCACAACCGAUCACACGCAUUCCCAAACUCCCAUCAGUCAGGUCUCCAUUCCUACCUGAUUCAAGGAGUCCCUUUUAACUUUCCUGCUUUUUCAAUCAUUUCUUCUGCUGCUCAGAUUUCCAAAAAGAAAAAACAAAAACAAAAGAUCAUUCCACAUGUUCCUAGGUCACCUCGUGCCUCAAGAGUUCAAAAGCUGAAAAUGGACGACCUGGAAGGAGUCGUUUGCAAAAAAACAAAAAACUGCCUUUCCCAUCGUCCCAA